AUGGCCCUGCUGCACUCUGGUCGCGUCCUCUCUGGAGUCGUCGUCGCCUUCCACCCAGGCCUCGCCGCCGCGGCUCCUGCCAGAGCCAGCUCCUGGUGGGCCCAUGUGAAGAUGGGGCCUCCGGAUCCCAUUCUGGGAGUCACUGAAGCUUUUAAGAGAGAUACCAACAGCAAGAAGAUGAACCUGGGAGUUGGGGCCUACCGGGAUGACAAUGGAAAGCCCUAUGUGCUCCCUAGUGUCCUGAAGGCUGAGGCCCAGAUUGCUGCAAAAAAUCUUGACAAGGAAUACCUGCCCAUUGGGGGUCUGGCUGAAUUUUGUAAGGCAUCUGCAGAACUGGCGCUGGGGGAGAACAGUGAGGUGGUGAAAAGUGGCCGGUACAUCACCGUGCAGACCAUUUCUGGCACCGGCGCACUCAGGAUCUGAGCCAGUUUCCUGCAAAGAUUCUUUAAGUUCAGCCGAGACGUCUUUCUGCCCAAGCCCUCCUGGGGGAACCACACGCCCAUCUUCAGGGACGCUGGCAUGCAGCUUCAUGGGUAUCGGUACUACGACCCCAAGACUUGUGGUUUUGACUUCACUGGUGCUAUCGAGGACAUCUCUAAAAUGCCCGAGCAGAGCGUGCUCCUCCUGCACGCCUGUGCUCACAACCCCACCGGAGUGGACCCCCGCCCCGAGCAGUGGAAGGAGAUGGCCAGCGUGGUGAAGAAAAAGAAUCUUUUUGCAUUCUUUGACAUGGCCUACCAAGGCUUCGCCAG